CUGCGCUGUGACUGGUUGAUAUCGCCUCAUCUCUUCUCUCCAGCAGCAGCAGCCAUAUUUGUUGAUGUGUCAUAUCAGAGUGACUUGUUGGGAGCUCUCAGCUGGAGAGGAAGACCGACAGCACUAAAGUUAACUCCGCAUUGACCUACUACACCAUGGGGGUUUCGCAUCCGAUUUGAACCAGAGAGGGACCAUGGAACAGCCUGGUCCUGCCUCAGAUACACACAUGAUGGAAGGUUCGGAGGUUGAAUCUGUGUCGCACCCGGUGAAUCAGCCUCACAGCAGCACAUCAGACGUAGAAGAGGAGGAGCAAAUCUCUCACAACGGUGCAGAGGAGGCAGAAAAGUGCAGUCAGGCAGAAGAUGAAGCAGAGCUUGACAGUGAAUUAAUCAAGACUAUGACAGAUGUUCAGACAGACGUAAAGACAAAGUCGGACACAUGCAGUCAGGAACACGUGGAGGGGAGUGAGCUGGAUGCGGAUGGUGGCUGUGAUAUCAGUACAGUUCCUAUGGAAGGCGGGAUACCUUCACUUUCAGAUGAAGCAGGUGGAGCUUUAGUAGCACUAGUCAACACUUUAAAUGAUGUAGUAGAAAGCUCUCCUUCUGUUCUUGAAGGAACAAUAGAAACUUUAUUGACUUUUGAUGAACCGAAGGAUUCUCAUGCCACCACUCUAAACAGCAAUGAGCAGCCAUCAGUCUUGCUUACAAAUUGUCCCACUGAGCCAUCGCCUGCUGAUGAUAGUGGUUCAGCUGAGAGUCCGUCAUCCUCUUCCGUCCAAAGCGCUUCCAAAAACUCCCCCACCGACUCGACAACCACCUCCGGGUUCUGUAAUGGCCCCUCUACCCCCGGCUCCGACAGCGUCAGCUCCGACACUGUCAGCUCCUCCCUUGCUUCCAGCCCACAAACCAGUGCCAACACCUCAGCCCCCUUGCAUUCCCUGUCGAGUCCGUAUGACACUGAUUGCAGCCGAAAGCUCAUCUCCCAGAUCCAGCGCUCGCUGUCUCAGGAGUCGCUGCUGGAUGAGAUCGAGUCAGAGCUGUUGGGUUGCCAGCUGCCUGAGGGAGGAAGUGGAGGUGAGAGGAAAGGAAGCCCACCUGUCAACGGACUCCCUGCAGACCAGGAGGACUGCAUGAUGGUCUUUGAGAAGUGUGUGCAAUAUAAGUACGCACAGCAGGAGAAAUCUAUUCAGAGGCUGCUUGAGGAGAACAAGAGGCAUCAGGAGCUGAUCCUGGGAAUCUGUUCAGAGAAGGACAACAUGAGGGAAGAGCUGAAAAAGAGGGCAGAGACAGAGAAGCACCACAUGGCCAGCAUUAGAAAGUUGGAGGGCAGGGUGGAGGAGCUGCUGAGAGAACUGAAGGAGUCGCGGGAUAGACUGAUUCACCAGGACCAGGCUGCCAAGGCUGCCCUCCAGCAUAUGCAGAAAGAGAUGUCCUACAGGCUUGAACAGGUGAGCAAGAAGUGCGACGAGGCACGCCAAGAGAAGGAGGGCAUGGUGAUGAAAUACGUGCGGGGGGAGAAAGAGGCCCUGGAUCUGAGGCGGGACAAGGAGAGUUUGGAGAAGAGGCUGAGGGAAGCCACCAAGGAGGUCGACCGCCAGGCCCUCCGAGGAAACCAGCUGGCUCAAGAGAAAGGUCGGCUGCAGCAGCUGUACGACGCUAAGGAAGGCGAGGUUAGCAGGUUGACUCGAGAGGUGGAAAAGUUGAAGGAGGAGAUUAACUCGCAUCUUAUCAAGGUCAAAUGGGCCCAGAACAAACUGAAGAGCGAGGCGGAUGCACACAAGGAAUCUAAAGACAAGCUGAGAGACACCACUUCCAAAUUGGCCCAGGCCAAAGAAGAGACUGAACAGAUCCGCAAGAACACCCAGGACAUGAUCCGGACCUACCAGGAAUCGGAGGAACUCAAGUCCAACGCGCUGGACGCUAAACUGAAAGAGACCAAAGGAGAGCUGGAGAAACACAAGCAGGAACAAACAGACCAAUUAGAGGUGCACCGAGUGAAGGCCAAAGAGCUGGAUGACCUGAAAAGGAGCUACAAAGAGGGCAUGGAUGAGCUCAUCACUCUACGAACCAAGUUAAAGUGUCUAGAGGACGAGCGUCCACGCUGGGAGGACGAGCUGAGCAAGUACAGGGAGAUGAUCAACCGGCAGAAAGCUGAGAUCGGACGCCAGAGAGAAAAACUGGAAGAGAUCACGGCGCUCCAGGAGCAGCAUCAACGUGAUAAACAGGAGGUCACGUCUCUCCGUGAGGAAGUGGAGGGCCUGUCCAACCAGAUGGCAGACCUCCAGCGGGAUGUACAAGGCAGCAGGGAGCGCGAGGCCGAGUUGCUGGGCUUCACUGAGAAGCUGAGCAGCAAGAACGCCCAGCUCCAGUCAGAGAGCAACUCGCUGCAGUCUCAGCUGGAUCAGCUCAACGACAGCUUCACAGAGCUCCAAGCAAAGCUGGAGGAGACCAACAGGCUGCUGGAUGACAAGUCACGGCUGCUGAAACAGGAAGAGGUGCUGAGGCAGCAGGAGGUGCAGGGCCUGCAGGAGGAGCGGGCAGCGUUGCAGACAGAGGUGACUCAACUGAAAACCAGAGUAGAAGAGCUGAGGGAUGAGCUGGUGACUCAAAAAAGGAAACAAGCUGCUAACAUCAAAGACCUGACGAAACAUCUGACACAAGCUCGUAAGAGACUGGAUCAGGUUGAGAAUGGAGGCUGCGACCGGGAUGCCGGCAGCAUGGGCAGUCGCUCAAGCUCCUCAGGUACUGCUGCUGGAUUUGGCUCGUUGAAUACACGCCACGGUGGGAGCAGUGGCGUUGAAGAGCGGUCACCAGAGAGCCUGUCGGGUCCUUCAGUGGUGGUCGUGGACAGCUUCCCGGAGGUCGACAAGACCGUGAUGGUGGAGCGCAUCGUCCGUCUGCAAAAGGCUCUGGCUCGCAAGCAGGAGAAAAUAGAGUUCAUGGAGGAUCACAUCAAGCAGCUGGUGGAGGAGAUCCGGAAAAAGACCAAAAUUAUCCAGAGCUAUGUGCUAAGAGAGGAGACGGGGGCCCUCUCAUCAGAGGCGUCGGACCUUAACAAGGCAAACCUGGGCCGGCGGGGAGGCAUCAUGGCGUCGCUUUACACCUCCCACCCGGCGGACAGCGGGCUGACCCUGGACCUGUCGCUGGAGAUCAACAGGAAGCUGCAGGCCGUGUUGGAGGACACGCUGCUGAAGAACAUUACUCUGAAGGAGAAUCUGCAGACUCUGGGGGCCGAGAUCGAGAGGCUCAUAAAACAGCGGAGAGACCUCGAGGACGGAGUCAGGGGGAAGUGACACAGGAAAGAGGAAAUAAAAGGACCAAUAAGGAACCUCCAACCCACCAUUUUUUUUGAAGGGACAGCAACUCACAGUCAUUCUCCCAACAUAUGAAGGAGCUAAUUGAAUGUUGUAAGUGCCAGUAGCACCUCAGGCUGCUUUUUUUGGAGGACCUCUUGUCCAUUUGGUGUCUGAACCUACUUAUACUGUUAUUCCAUCCACAUCGUACCCGCCUCCUCCGACACAACAGAUCUUCCUCUGGCUAACAUCCGCCUCCCGUGUGCCAAGAUAAAACACCUCGGGCCAGUUGCUUCAAGCUUGAAAGUCUGACUGUCUUGUAAACUAAUUAAUGCCAUAAUUAAUGAAUGUAUAGCAAAUUCUACCUGGGAAGUAGUCAAAUAUGAGAAACACAGAUUUGCCAACGAAUCAUCCUAUAAAGAAAAAAGACUCCUCACAGCUCUUUCCGGUAAGCAAACUGAAAUGAGAUGAUCAUCACCCAGCAUGCUCUCUCUCUCUCACUCUCUGCUCGUCUCCGUCUGCCAAUAAGCCAAAUGUAUUUUUGAAAAGCUGCUUCUUCAGCUUGACUUACGCAGCACUCCGAGAAGCAAAAGUGGGGGAAAAAAGAGAAACAGAUCAGCCCUGUCUUGUUGGGGACCUCGUAUGCCACCUCCUGUGCAUUUUUUCAUCAACUUUUGCUCCGCACAGCACUUACGGCCGAGCUUGUGAAGCGAGACGCCUCGCAUCAGCAGACCCACCCAUCUGUGUGACACCGGUGCUAGACCUGAAGGAAAGCAGGCUUGCAGUGUUUUCAUGCAGCCGACAAAAACAGCACGAUGCCAUCGGCGUUGAAGUAUCCUUAUGUUAAGCAGAAAAAUCUAUGACAAGUAUGAUAUCAUGUAACGGUUGAAAUGUAGAGCUGGUCUUGAGUUUGGCCAUUUUUGAAUGUGAUUUAUUUUUUAAUUUAUUUUCGUUUUUCGUUGGCUUAAAAAUUUAAUUUUUAUUUGUCUGGUUGUCCAUUUUUAUUUUUAUUAUCUUGUAUAUUCACUUAAAGCUUUUCUUAGA